ACUGCGGCGCACCCAGCCUCCUCCGGUCUUCCCCCUCCCUUGGCCUUGUCCUUGACCGCUCGGCACUAGCGUACUACUCCUCGCUCGCUACCCAAGCACGCGCACCAGCCACCGCCGCCCAGCCGGAGCGGAGAUUACGGCGGAGAGGGAGAGGGGAAAGGCGCAGUCUUUGGCUUGCCGGUGGCCGGUGACAGAGGAAGCCAUGGCUCCGAGCUGCUACGACGCGGCCGCGUCCAUGCUCCUGUGCGCCGAGGAGCACAGCAGCAUCCUGUGCCUGGACGAGGAGGACGAUGUGGCGGCGGCGGGGAGGAAGAGGGCCCGGUCGCCGGGCUGCGCGGACGGUUUCGGCGCGGAUUUGUUCCCGCCGCAGUCGGAGGAAUGUGUGGCCGGGCUGGUGGAGCGGGAGCCGGAGCACAUGCCCAGGUCGGACUACGGCGAGCGGCUGCGCGGCGGCGACGGCGUCGAUCUCUGCGUCCGCCGGGAGGGCGUCGAUUGGAUUUGGAAGGUCUACACAUACUACAACUUUGGUCCUGUUACUGCCUACUUGGCUGUGAACUACCUUGAUCGUUUCCUCUCACGGUACGAGCUGCCGGAUGGCAAGGACUGGAUGACGCAACUGCUCUCCGUGGCGUGUCUUUCUCUGGCCGCCAAGAUGGAGGAAACCUUUGUCCCACAAUCCUUGGACCUUCAGGUCGGAGAUGCCCGGUAUGUGUUUGAGGCGAAGACGAUCCAGAGAAUGGAGCUCCUUGUUCUAAGCACCCUCAAUUGGAGGAUGCAGGCCGUAACCCCUUUCUCCUACCUGGACUACUUCCUAAACAAGCUCAACGGCGGCAUCCGGGCUCCAAGAAGCUGGUUCUUUCAGUCGGCAGAGCUUAUCUUGUGUGUAGCCAGAGCAGGAACCGGCUGCAUCGGCUUCAGGCCUUCUGAGAUCGCCGCCGCCGUGGCAGCCACCGUGGUCGGAGAAGCGGCCGUCUCAGGCAUUGAAGCCGCCUGCGCCCAUGUCGACAAGGAGCGGGUGUUGCAGUGCCAGGGCGCGAUCCAGUCCAUGGCGACCCCGGCCAUUAACACUGUGCCACCGAAAUCUGCAAGCGGCAGGGCCUCCCCCGCGCCGCAGAGCCCUGUGGGGGUGCUGGACGCUGGCUGCCUGAGCUACAAGAGCGACGACGAUGCCACGGCAGCGGCGACUGUUGCCUCACAUGGGGCCUCGGCCUAUGGUUUCGCGGCCUCCUCCCCGGUGACCAGCAAAAGGAGAAAAAUCACCACCAGAUGAUGGCUCGCCCUGACCGGUCAAAGUGCGUGCCCAAUGAUCAGAGCGAAUUGACUAGUCUGCUUUUGUUUUUGUUUUUUUUUACCGCGCCAAUCAUCUUGAUGAAGAAAAGGUCAAAUGCUGCUGUGUGAGAUGGAGGUGCGUUGAGAAUGGGGAGGCGGAAAGGAGGGCGUUUUGACAUGACGAGAGGGCAAGAAGUUGAUGAAUAAAGAUGUGAGGUGGACAACACCUAAAUUGCUGAGCUUUUUGUGACUGUGGAGGGGUAGACAGCCGGCACAACCUUGGUGUGCCACAAAGGGGGCGAACCACGGCUUUACAGGAGCACAAAGCUGGAGGAGAUCGAUGAGAUGAUGAUCAGAAUAAAGGGUGGUGAAGGGACCAGGCCGUAGACAAGAUGUACAAGAACUAGGCACUGACCUGUCUGUGUUGGAGUGUCUGAUAAGUUGUUUGCAGUAAUUUCUAGUAUUCUUUUUUUCCCAUUUCAUUGUGAAGAGAAAAUGUAGGUUUGGCAAAAAAAAUGUAGGUGAGAAUGAAAAAUGUAUUUUAUGAGAAAAAAAAUGUUCAUCCAGGUUAAUAAAUUAUCAGGAUAGCAUAAGAAAAU